AUGCCAUGCAUGGCAUGUCACGCCGGGUGGCUGCUGGGCUUGGCCAUCCUAUGGCCGGCGGAGAAUGCCAAGAUCCCAGAUCCUUUGGCCCUGUUCUCCAAAGCUGGCAAUAGCUGGCCGGCUCGACCUUGCCGCAUGUUUGCAGGUGUUAGUCCAGCGAAGUCUGAUGGAAAGUUCAUCUUCACCCCAUCAGAUUCCGAUUUGGUGGUCUGGAACGACGUGAGCUGUUCCAGCGGCGCAGCGACAGCGGAGCUCCGGGUGACGCGCACCUUUCAGGAGGCAGUGGACGCCAUCGCAUUCCUUCCGCCAAAGACCAUCGUCAUUGCCUCCAAGAGAUCAUGGCAUGGUAUGAACUAUGCGACACUACGGUUUUACAACGCAGGAGAUCUGGGACACUCCACUGCCCCAAUGUUCACGCGCCGCUUCGAUGGGCAUAUCACCUCACUGAUGGUGCUGGGCAACGACCUUCUCUUUGCUGCGACCUUCACCAAAGAAGGUGAACAUUUCAUCCAUUGUCUGUCCAAUGUGCUGACAGAGAGGAAGAAAUCUUCACAGACGCUCAAGGCGCUUGCGGGUCGUGGUGGACCUUAG